AAUCCUAUGGAUCUUGGAACGAUCGCUAAAAAAUUAAAAAAUCGCGCUUACAACAGUAAAGAAGAAUUUGCAAACGACCUUUAUUUAAUAUAUACGAAUUGUAUCACCUAUAAUACACAUCCAGACAAUAUUUUUCGAAAGUACGCCAUAGCCAUGAAAGAAAAGAUGGAUGAGCUUCUUGAAGCUGUUCCGGAUGUUAAAAUUCAGACUCUUGCAGAAUAUAAAGCAAGUUUGAAACAAGAUUAUGGAGAAUUAUUUAAGUUAUUGAAAUGUUAUUCUAUUAUGGAAGAUGAACCGCCGGGUACUGAUGUUGUAGCAGAAGAUACUCAAAUUGCAGAUACAACUGGGCACUCUCAAGCGUCCCAAGAGAAUUCAUCAGAUGAUGAAGAAGAAAAAGAAGCGGACCGUGAGGUUCAAGAAAUGCUAAAAAACAUAAGAUUGAUUCCUACGUUGCCAUUAUGGGAUCCUGAACUAGAUAACCCAAAUCGGGAUAAAUUUUUUGAUCCAGACUAUGAUCCAAGCGCCAAUUUGCCAACUCUUGAUCAAUAUCCCCAACUUCAAUUCCCGAAACAGGGUACUAGUGCAAUGAUUGAGAAAAACAUCGAAACUCUUAAACAAUCUCGUAUUCUUCAUGCCAAACUUGUGGCUUUGACCAUUUUAACUGAAGUCGCUCAAGAUUACUUCUUGAAUUUGAGUAAAACUUUACGCGCAUAUAUGGAUGAUUAUAGUAAGAAGAUGACUCCCGAGAAUGGUGUUUCAUCCGUAAAGAAUCUUGAGUCAUAUAUCCAUGAUGAUAUUCAGCGUUAUGGCACGAAACUACAAGAUAUUAAGCGCCGAUUGGAGGCUGCAUUAUUGGUUCCUCCACAGUUAAUUCUUGGAUCGAAAAGAAUAAAACCUUUACCUAAAAAAGCUUCAGAACAAAAUGAACGAAAAUUACCUCGUCAUGUUCCUCCACCACCAUGGGCACCGAUAACAGAUCCGGAAAGUCAGAUUGGUUUAUUACGAGACUUUUUCCGUAACAAAAAAAAUGACUCUAUUAACGACCAAAUAAUUGAGGAUGAAAAUCUUCCCGCUAAACACCGAAAUCAAAGGCCUCGUGUACCUCCUACGGGCAAAAUCCCUCCACAACCUAGAAGGCAGCUGCAAAAAUCCAGCGCACAAUCCGCUGCUGCUCUUGCAGAAAAAAAGAAGAAGAAAGAGCGAGAUGCGGCGAUUGCAAAAGAAAAGGAAAGAAAUAGACUUCUUAAAUUGGAAGAACGUGAAAGAAAAAAGGCUGAAAAGAAUGAACAAAAGCGGCAGAAACAAUUAGAAAAAGAAGCUGCAAAAAAGGCAGAGGCGGAAGCUAAAGAGGCUCGAAAAGCAGAAAUUGAGCAUCAGAAACGGCGUGCUCAAGAGGCCAAGGAAGCAAAGAAAUUAGAGCAAGAGGCCCAAAAGAAAGCGGAAGCUGAAGCAAAGAAAGCAGAACCUAAAAAGAAAAAGUCAUCCAACUCUAAAACUGGAAAGUUGGCAUCGCCACAAGCUGAGAUUAGUUCGUCUGCGGCGUCAUCGACUGCUUCAAAAAAGCAUUAUAUAGAUAGUAUUGACUCAGAGACGGUGCCACUUGGACAACUCAAAAAACAGCGUAGAACAGAAGUCACAGGCUCCAAACCAACUAACCGUCCCUCUCCAACGGCGAAAAAGAGAGUUCCACACAGUCAAAUAUGA